GCGCAGCCCUUCCCCAAUUCCGGCCACGCCCCAGCGCCUCCGCUACCCCCACCUUCACUCCCCUCCCAGCUCCUCCUCCGCCGCCCCCCGUCCCCGUCUCCCACGCCGCCCCCCUCCGGCCCGGUAUCUAAUCCACCCCGCGCUUCCCCAGCUCCGCCGCCGCCUUUUCCACCAACUCCGUCCGCCAAUCUAGAAACCCCUAUUUCCUUGCGCCGCCGUCGCUCGUUUUGAUUCGGCUGAUCUGAUCGGUCGCUGAGCCGAUGGGCAGCGACGCCGAGGAAGUGUCCCAGCCGGCGUCGUCGCCGGAGUACGAGCAGGACGACGACGACGACGACUGCUACCUGAGCGAUCAGGAGGACGAUGCCCUAGAGGAGUCCGUCCUCCAGGUCCUCGAGGACGGCAACCUCGAGGACUGCCAUUGGUCCUCCUCCUCCGUGAUCACCAAGGAGUAUCUCUUGGCGGCGCAGAGGGAGGAUCUCAGGAAGGUGAUGGAUCUGCUAGGGUUAAAGGAGCACCACGCAAGGACGCUUCUAAUUCACUACCGAUGGGAUGUGGAGAGGAUAUUCGAGCUGCUCGAUCAGAAGGGGAGGGAUAGGCUCUUUUCCGAGGCUGGUAUUCCUCUCGGAACCGCUAAUAAUGCCGGUUCGCCCUCUGCGACGGAGGUCACCUGCAAUGUUUGCUACGAUGAUGUGCCCCUCUCGUCCGCUUCCCAUAUGGACUGCGGCCACAACUACUGCAAUGAAUGUUGGACAGAAUAUUUCAUUGUGAAAAUAAAUGAGGGGCAGAGUAGGCGUGUCAAGUGCAUGGCUCCAAAGUGCAAUGCCAUCUGUGAUGAAGCGUUAGUACGGAAGUUAGUAAGUGCAAAGCGCCCAGAUAUUGCUGAGCGCUUUGAAAGAUUUUUACUGGAAUCUUAUAUCGAGGACAAUGAUACAGUCAAGUGGUGCCCCAGCACACCACAUUGUGGAAAUGCUAUACGUGUCAAGGGUGAUAUUCAUUGCGAGGUGGAAUGUACAUGUGGACGCCAGUUUUGUUUUAAUUGCUCCUCAGAAGCACAUUCCCCUUGUUCCUGUGUGAUGUGGGAGCUUUGGAUCAAGAAAUGUCGUGAUGAAUCAGAGACUGUGAAUUGGAUAACAGUAAAUACUAAGCCCUGUCCCAAGUGUCAUAAACCUGUGGAGAAGAAUGGUGGCUGCAACCUGGUUGCAUGUAUAUGUGGACAAGCAUUCUGUUGGUUAUGUGGUGGUGCUACUGGUAGAGAUCACACAUGGUCAAGUAUUAGCGGACACAGUUGUGGCCGAUUCACAGAAGAUCAGUCAACGAGAACAGAGCAAGCAAGGCGAGACCUUUAUCGAUAUAUGCACUACCACAACAGAUACAAGGCUCAUACUGAUUCUCUUAAGCAGGAAGCAAAGCUUAAGCGCGACAUCCAGUGGAAGAUAUCCAUUUCUGAAAAUAAGGAUUCCAAGAUAAAAGAUUACUCUUGGGUGAUAAAUGGACUGAACAGGCUUUUCAGAUCAAGGCGUGUUCUUUCAUAUUCUUAUCCUUUUGCAUUCUACAUGUUUGGUGAUGAGAUUUUCAAGGAUGAGAUGACUCCUGAGGAAAGAGAACUCAAGCAGAAUCUGUUUGAGGAUCAGCAACAACAAUUAGAGUUCAAUGUUGAAAGGUUAUCUGGCUUCCUUGAGAAGGAUUUUCAAAAUUUUAGCGACGAGGAGGUUAUGGAUACAAUGAAGCAUGUUAUCAAUCUUUCCAAUGUGGUAGAUAGGCUCUGCAAGCAAAUGUAUCAGUGCAUUGAGAAUGAUUUGUUGUACCCUCUCCGCACGCCUCAUAAUAUUGCCCCAUACAAAUCCAAGGGUCUCGAUAGAGCAUCAGAGCUCCAUAUUAGUUUGGACUCUGCUGAACAAAGUUCGCCAUCUAUGAAAUGUAGUCAGGAUGAACACAAGAGUCAACCUGGUUUAUGUAGUGAAUCAGGCUCAUCUCUUACGGGAAAGCGACCUAUUCUUCAGCUGCACGGAUCAAGUUCCGACAACAGUGGACGCCCGUCUCACAAGAGAGAAAGAAGAGAUGCUCAUGGCGGCGGUGCUCUUUUUGAUCUCAACGUGCCAGCCGAAGUGGCGGACAAGAUCUGAAGCUCCAGUAUCUGACGGAACAUUCCGCUGCAACUGUACAGCUGACCUGUGUUUCUUCAGCUACAUAAAGGAAUUUGUGUUCUCUUUUGUUGCCCUAGGGCCGCAACCUCGCCCUGGGGCUGUGAUCCCGACCAAUAGAGCAAAACUUUCAACUUGUCCUCUUGUAUAUCAUGACAUGACAUGAUGCCGUUGUGCAUAGUUCCUAUAAUGCCAAAUCUACCCCUUGAGCGAGAA